AUGGCCGGGCGCAGUGUUUACGGUAUGUUGCACACUUUCAUUGAACAUUCUAUUUAUAAAUGUGAUCGUCUAGAUUGAACACGACCUCCUCGGGCCUCCAUGCGAAAAAAACGAGUUACUCUUUCUUAUUUAUAUUACAGUACAAAUCAUGUGCUUUUGGACGACGUGAACUAGAGUUUCAUUUCUUGAACCCUGCUAAAGUGCCUGAACCGUUUUGUGAUGCUACUUGAAACGUCACACAAUACUCAUUCAAGCUUGGUUUGAAACUGGCGGUGUGUGACAUUUUCAGAAUGAAAGCAGACUGCACCCAGACCGCAGAUUGUAAAUUGUAAAUUAAUUAACACCGCAAUUAUCCCAGUAAUGGCUCAGUCAAUUCCGUUGCGUGACGACACUAAAAACGGCUGUGUAGCAGACUAAUCCCCCCGGGCAUUUGUCAGUGAUUUGAUUUGUCAGAAAGACCCAGAAAGCCUUUGCCCAAGGGUGGGACAUUUGCCAAUUCUUGUAGAAGCAGUUAACGUCGUCCUUUUUUCAAUAUUUCAUUAAAAAAUUUGCCUGUUUAGAUAGCUGUAGAUGUCUGUACAAAGAAUAGUUUUAAUACCUAUGCUUUCAAAAGAUGUGUGGUUUUCGCCCCAUCACUUCCCUACCCCACAGUAUUUUUUGCAUAGCAUUCAUCUAAGAAAUUGCUUCCUGCCAUUGAUCAGCUCACACAUGGAAGAAAAACAAUUAUUAAUGUAUCAUUUUGAAGAGUGUAAAGGAAAAAAAAACUUUCUUUGUGCGUGAAUGGUUGAGGCAGAAAGACCUAGAAAAGCUCUGCAAGAUAUUUGAAAGGUAUUAAUUAUACAAAACUUUGUGUAUUGCAAGAUCAAUUUGAGAAUUAAUAUACUGAUAAAAACAUUUCCCAGAUGAGAAAGUGCUCAUGUAAAGCUCAUUGGCAGUUUGUUUAUCAUUCACUGUAUUAAACAACUUUGAAAAAAAGAAAUGCAUUAUUAAAAUUCCACUUAUAGUUCUGUCAUUGAGAUUAAUCAGAUUCAAUGAUUGUGAUCUUUUUUGCUGUAAUAAUUAUUAUAACUAGUGUCUAGGAGCGAUUCGCGUAGGGUGCUUCACGUUCGAAUUUGAUCAGAUUAUUACGAACUUCCCAUAAAUAUGGUAUUUGUAGCUUAUUUACUGGAAAAUGCACUUUGUUGCCCUGAGGUGGGGCAUUGGUAACCUAUUUUUAAGCCCCACUGUGGGGCAUUUGCAGCUUUUCCAAAACAAAAUAAAAAUGCCUAACAAAUGCCCGGGGGGUGGAGGGGGGCGAUAUUCACGCUUGGAAUUGACUGAGCCAUAAAGGUGAUGUCAUCAGAAAAAUUACUUAGUUUCCAGGCUUCGCAAAAAGGGGGAAAGUAGCCUGGGAACAAGGUUGAUAUUUACCGCACACGUUCGCCUCAUUUGCAAGAUGCUGGUGGCUCUUCUUCAGUGACUCUCAUAUCACUAUAUGCAUUAACUUCAGGUUUUAGUAGGAGUCUUUCUUCCUCUUCUCAGAUUAUUGUUAUUUAAUGAUGACAAGAAGCCAUACCAACCUGGGGAGACUCCCAUAUAACAGUGACGGGAAUGCUUGUUGGAAAAUUAAAAUUGGUACAAGCUUAAACUGACCCCUAAAGGAGACCAUACUAAAACAGACGUCACAACUUUUUUUGUAAGUUUCUUUAUGCACAGCCCCAAGCAAUAACUGAAUAGGCAAAUAGAGUGAUUUUCCAUCCCAAACACCCUAAUUUAGACCAAAAUCUGCAGUUAACACCCCCAAGUGAUACUACAGCUUGUGGUCCGGGGUCUGCAGUCUGCAAAUAUCAUACACCAUUAUUUUAACUCUAGUAGACAGUUGUUUACUGUUUGAUGGAUAUUAAAAUUCUACAUGCAUAAGACCACUUUAGCAUGUAUGUUUUGGUUUUUUCAAUGGAUGUCAUGUAAUAAUACUCUAACCUUGAGAACUGUUUCUUUCAAUGCACUUGCACAUAGAAAAUGUAAGUGCAUAUGCCCGCAUAAAUUAUGAAAAUUCAAAGAGUCAAAUUCCUCUGGGACCUUUAUCAGGUGCAGAUCUAGAAUAAAUACCCUAACUGAUAACUUAAACAAGCUCCGAAAGCUCAAGCUUCAAUGCUCCCCCAGGAAAUUUUUUGGAUUGUAACUCCUCAAAGUCCCUUUAAUCUCCUGCAUUUCGGAGUCAUUCAGACAGGAUAUUUACUGACUCUUGAAACCAUUUUCCAGAUUUCAACUUGGAAAAGUUUAUUUUUUAAUCAAAUUUAUUUUCAUUAUGAGAAAUCUGAUCAAUUUCCAUAAAACGGUGGAAAUUAACUGGUGUGGAUCCUUGCCUGUUUGUUAAAUGAAGAAAGCAUACAUUCAAGCUAAAGAGGUCUAUUGGAUUUUUCUUGAAAAUUUGUAAGUAAUGUGAUUUCGAGCCAAAUAUUUAUUUUUACCAAGAUUAUAGCCACGGUGCUUUUGCAUAUAUGCAGUAUAUAAUCAUGCAGCUUCUAAAAGGACUGAAUCACUGUUUGUAUGUAAACAGAAGCCCUACAGUAUUUGGUAAAAUUUUUGUGUGGAAAUAAGAGCUAUUCAGUUACUGUGAGCAUAGUCUAAUACCUAGUUUUAAUACUCGACUGUCUGGCUUCAUUAACCUUAGAUGUUCAUUACUAACCUGCGAUGAGACAUCUUUACUUUUUGAAAAGGGAGGGAACAAGGAACCAGCAAGAAACAUAAAUAAAUAAAUGGAGGGCAUAGGCACAGGCUAGGUUAUUACAUGAAAGCAAAUAUGUGAAAUUUUUAUAGAUUCAGGGUAACCGUAUGGGUCAUGGAAAACCUGGAAAGUCAUGGCGUUUAAGAAUUUCAUUUUCCAUGCCUGGAAAGAAUUUACUGUUGGUCCUUGAAAGUUGGGGGAAAUUUAAGUUUUAUUCUGUAGCUGAUUAGUUACUGCAGAUGACAAGGCAAGGACAAUGUAAGAUAGAGAGGAGUGGUUGAACAGCAUGAACUGCACACAUUUAGGUGGACAAAAAAAAGGUCAUGGUGUCCUGUUGACCUGUUUAAGGUCAAAAAUACCCUAAAACAUAAAAGCUUUAAAAAUUUGUAAAAAGUGACAGCUAAACCUAAGGUCAUGGAAAACUUAAAAAGGUCAUGGAAAAAGUCAUGGAAAGUCUUGGAAUUUGAAGAGCUUAAAAGAGUGUUGACCCGUUAGAUUAUUUCAUAAGCUAUUCUCAGGACAGAAAAAAUUAUAACAGGGGAUGUACAGUAACUAGUUACUCAUUUUUUUUCCUUUUUCUACAGAAACUCCCUACAAAGAACCUGCAGUUCGUGUACCAAGCCUUCAGCAUCUCUCUAAAAUGGCGUAUGACCUGGGACUAGACAUGGAGGAGAGAGAGCUGAUGGAGUACCAAGGUGAAUUUCUUGUUCCAAUGAAGCCCUAAACCUGAGCUGAAAAUUAAACUUAAACUAUAAUUUAAAUAUCCAUAAUAGUGUCCUUUGUGUUCAAUGAAAAUUUACUAUUAAACUGAAUCUUGAUUGUUGAUAUUAAAGCAUGGAAAUUCUUUGUAUUUAACAGAGGCUAUUUCCAAGACUCUGGGUGAUACAUACCAGCAGUUGUAUGAGUUACCAGAUCCCAAGCUCCCAGUCAAGUAUCCACGAAUGCCAGGUUACAGGCCAUCAGCAAAGGAAAACCCUUACAAUGCUUGGUGAGAGAUUAAGUUUAAUACUGGGAGUUAAUGAGUUAAUGUUAUGUGCUUAGUCAACAAAAAUUAUUAUCGUAGAUAAACAACCUCCUGGGUAUAGGUAAGGUAUAGGUAUGCACACACUUGUGGGGGAGGACAGGGGGGUUGGACCCUGGGGGAAUAGAGGGUAGGAGGGGUAGGGGAGAGGAAAGAGCAGGAGCUGGGUGAUUAAAGAGGGUGGGAAGUGGGAGCAAAAGAGGGAAAUUAGUUGAAAAUGAUUGAUAAGGGCUGGAGCUAGAAAUGCAUGGUAUUGGAUGUGGGAAGUGUGGACCCUCUUUUCCCCCCUUCCACACACACAUACACAUGGCUGUGGGCCUUAAUCACACGGCGGCCAUGUUGUCUCGAGACACUGAAAAAGCUUUCUUUCACCACCCUGUGAAAAACUUGGGAGCGAGGCUAGGCAGGUAAAACAAAGCUUUUUCGGUCUCUCGGGACAACAUGGUCGCCGUGUGAUUAAGACCCAUAGCUGGAGUAUGGUCGUUUCGCUGCAUAAUGAAGUCGAUUCGCUGCAAGGUCGUAAAGUCGUUUCGCUAACGUAACUCGUCAUUACCCGUUUGUAGUUCAUUCUAAAUAAUUUUAAACUGUUUAAUACAAAAAGUUGGUUGCAAAGAAUCAACUUUAUGAUCCAGCGAAACGACUUCAUUAAGCAGCGAAACGACCGUAAUUACUAUAGCUCAACCUGAUAUCUGGUUUAAGAGUAUUGUUACUCAGUUCCCCCUGGAAAGGAUGAUAAUUUAUUGCAGGUUUACCCCAGCAGUUAGCCUGUGAGCAAGCUCUCCUUGCCUUCCCGGGGUUACGGGGGUGGGGAAGGGAAGAGCGCCUCAAGAGAGCUUGCGCGCAGGUUACCCGACAGUAUGUCGCCAGCGGCCAGAGAGGUAAAGUAGAGCAAAGUGCCUUGUCUAGGACCUACAAAUCGGAAGUUCGUAUCUUGCGAAGCUGGCAGUUUUGUUUGAGCAAAGGCAAGACAAGAACGGCUAAGCCUAAGAUCGGAGCGCUCACUCAGCCAGUUUGCGCGCCCAAACUAGCCUGUACACUCUCUUAAUUCCCCGCUGUUUUAUUUUAUCGCGCGCGCGUGGCGAACCUUUUAAGAGAAAAUAGAGGGUCUGUGAACAGGCUACGCCCGAACAAUUGAACUACAAGCUACGCAAGCCACAUGUAGAAGUUCGAGGUGUUUAUCGCUCGGAUACGUACGACGUCUUCUUUAAACAACCUGGUAGCCCGUGGUGUUCGAGGGACAAUCUAUUGUAAAAAAAUUUUUAACAAUAGAUUGUUUAAAGACAUAGGUUUCAAUUUGCCCCUUCUUCACAAUCUAUCAAUUCCAAGAUAAGAGAAGCAUGCUCUUUGAGACUACGAAAGCCAGUCCCUGGCCAACAUCUAGAAACUUGAAUAAACUAUCAAAAACUUUGUUUGCAUCCUGAUAACAAAGCCAGAACGUCACUUUCGUUCCUGGGGUUUCCAGAUUUAUUUGGCACACUAAAUAUGGCGUCCAAAGUACAUGAAAUUGUACUCUCUUCUCUUCUUAUAGUUUUUCGUUCUUUCUGGACUUUGGUCCGUUGUCGUAUCUGUGAAAAACGUCUAACAGAAACACCAAGGAACUUUAAAAUCGGCUCCGACCAUGGAACGAGACUGGGUUUAGUUCUUGAAAAUAUGCCAGUCAAAUUAACUUUUAUUGCAUGUAUGUGGAUCACUUUCGUAUAACUGUUCGUAUCUGGACAUGAUUGGGCAGAUUUAUUCGUCAUCUUCCGAAAGUUAAAAGAGAUGUCGUCGCACGUGUCCCAGGCGCCCCGUUUUGGUGGCACUUACGGUGACCGCAUUGGCGUAAACGCCAACUCUCCCGGGUAUGGCUAGUCUGCUACACAGCCGUUUUUAGUGUCGUCACGCGACGCUCCUCCCCACUAACGGCUGCUGAAAACCGAACCAGAUUCCUUUCCUGCGAUUAGCCAAUUAGAAUUCAGCUCCCAUUUUCUGGAAGGUGUUCGCGCCACGUUUGCGGUAUGGUGACUCUUCCAAUCACAGCUUUGCUUUUACCGUUGCCCCAUGUGUGAAUGACAGAACAAUCAAAAUCGUCACGUGAAAACAAGCAAUCAACUAGAGUAGUGUCGCGGUCGUAGUCGAGUUCUUUCAAAAUUUUUGAGAUAAGCAGCAACAGCAAGCAAGUCGAGCAAAUAUGAUGCACAACAUAGAUGUGCUUAUAAAGUUGCCGGGUAUAGGUUCGGGAAAUCGCCUAUCGAUAAUUUAUGAUUGCGUUUGUUUGAAUCAGUACCCCUGGGAGUUUAGUCUACACAGUCUUAGCUUCACAUGUACAACAACACAAUGAGCACAUCCGGCACAUGAAAUUCAUCAUACAUAUGCACGUUAAAAAGAACCAACCGAUCCUGGUAAGAGUCUUGUAGGCCUAUCAAACCUUUUUUUUUUCACUUGGAAUUUUGUUAACCGCUUAAAACAAACUUUUCUGCAAACAACCUUUUCGUUGCUUGCAGACACAGAGCCCAUCAAAAUUAAAAUGUUAAAUGUUUUCUUAAGCUAUAUUAAAACCCUGCAGUGUGCGUUUUUUUUAUCAGGUACUGGCGCUGUGACAUCAAAGGAGCACCAACUGGUAAACUGCAAGGCAAGACAGUUGCCAUUAAGGAUAACACGUGUGUAGCAGGUGUACCCAUGAUGAAUGGUUCCCGGAUAUUGGAGGGCUUUGUCCCGGAUAUCGACGCCACUGUGGUGUCCCGGAUAUUGGAUGCUGGUGGACAUGUAGUCGGCAAAGCUGUGUGUGAAAACUUGUGCUGUGAUGGCGGGAGUUUCACAGCUGCCACCGGGCCUGUGGUGAAUCCACACAACAGCACAAGGAUGGCGGGUGGCUCGUCUUCAGGAUCAGCUGCUUUGGUAAGAUCAGAAAAUGAUUUAAAAUGAUACGCUGUUCUUAUUGUAAUUAACCCACUCACCAAUGCCUCGUUUUCUAACUUCAGACUUUUCCGUAUUGUUAAUGAUCGGUUCAAGUUAGGCGAUUGUUCAUACAUGUUAAGUUAGUUGUUUCAAGCGUACAUAGAAGUUUUGUACAGUACCGAAAAUGAUUCCCGAACGCAAAAAGAUCCCCAGACCGCAAAUUUUUAUUUGGGGUAGAUUUCAGAAAAUUACGGGGUUACAAAUAUUAUCGUUUUCUCAGAUUGAAAUUAUAAUAGUUUUCUCAAAUUGAUAAUAAUAUUUAAUUUCUUCUUAAAAACAUCAUGUGUAAUUCACGUUCCUGUACACGUUCUUCUGCUUCUAAUAACUUUUCUAGGAAACUUUCUAGGCUAGGCUGUCCAAAGUAAUUUGCUUUCUCGAUAUGAGCUAAGAUUGUGAAACGAAAUGCCUCAAAUUUGAAGAAAAUAUCUCUCUCUCCAAAAAUCCUUUCAAAAGAAAAAUCAAGCAAACUUGUACUUUCUUUCUUCUUUUUUAUUUUUGCAUUUAUUUGAGAGACAAAAUUUAUUCAGUUUAAUACUUUUCACAUAUUGAUCCAGUAUCUUGACUCCAAGCCAUUCUGAUUUUCCUCUCGGGAUCAUUUGCGGUCGACAAUGGAGAUCAUUUGCGGUCAAUUUUGGGGAUCAUUUACGGUCAGGGGGAUCAUUUGCGAAGGAAGUCGCCUUACCCUUUCUGCUCUUAGUUAUUUAGAAUGUCUUUCUGUUGGUCCUCAAGGUGGCUGGAGGAUACGUUGACAUGGCGACUGGUAGUGAUCAAGGUUGCUCUAUAAGAGUCCCGGCCUCCUUUUGCGGAAUUGUGGGAUUGAAACCGACCUACGGAUUGGUUCCGUUUACGGGCAUCAUGUCAUUGGAUGUGACUUUGGAUCAUACGGGACCUUUGGCCAGGACUGUCUAUGACAUUGCUUUGAUGCUAGAAGUAAGAUGACAACAAGCUUUAAAGUUCUGUUGGAAGAGUUUAUUUUUUUUAUGGAACAUUUUAAAGCUAAAAUCGUCUGUUUAUGUGGUUAAAAGAAUUUAUUUUCAAUGUAAGGAAUUUAUUUCGAACAAGCCACCAUCUAACGGCCUCUUGCAGCCCAUUCAUGCUUCGUCAUUCGGAUAACUUCUCCGCCGGCCCGAAAACCAUACCGAAUAGGGGUUCUGUUAACGCAUAAGAACGGUGAUUUUUGCGCGAUUUCUGAUAGCCUAAGUGUUUGUUUGUACUGCGUGUUCCGACCGAAUUUCUUUAAAUUUAUGUGCAGUUUUGUCGCACUGAGAUGCGUUAUUACUUGCUGCAUUUGCUUAACCGAACAUCUGAUUAAGGAGUUAAAGCAACCACGUUUUUAAGCGAAGAAUGUCCACCGGAAGUAGAAAUGUCAAAGUAAGGGCAGUUUAUUAUGGCAGUAUAGUCUACGAGGACAAGUUUUCUCCAUACCUGAUAAUUUUUGCUUAACAUAAUAGCCGUUUCACACUGGUCAAUUUGGAAAUGUAGUAACGGCCGCGAACUUAGCUAGAGCUAGUCACCUCUUUUUUGCCGACCUCUCGGAAAAUAUCAAGGAUCAAUUUAGGUUUCUAGGAAACUGCCCAUCUACCCCUCCCCUAAGCUAACGCUAACACUUACUUCUUACUUAGGGCAAAAUGAUGGCUUAGGGGAGGGGUAGGUGGGCAGUUUCCCAGAAACCUAUACAAUAUCAACAGGUUAUUGCUGGGUAUGAUGACGGUCUGGAUCCAAGACAGCCACGUGACCUACACGUUCCAGAGUAUACGUCACUGGUGCGUAUGUUGUAUACAGCUAUUUCGAAAAAGGUUGUCGGAAGAAAGGUAAUAUGGGAUAAGAUCAAUACACUGUUCCUGACACUGUAGCUGUCGAAUCUACUUUUGCUGCUUUUCUUUAGCACUCGCAAACAUACGUCUAUGGCCUAUCGUGCCACUCUUUCAAAUUUCCUUGAAGAACUUGAGUGAACACCAAACAACCCAAAAUACCUUUCGGGAUGGUCGCGUGCACUUUUCCCGACAACCUUUCUCGAAAAAGCUGUAUAUUGUUAUCUUGAUUGUGCUUAGUGCUUUAAUUUAUAAAUUUAGCCAAGGUCUUUGUCUUUAGUGUCGUGACAAGUCAUGACGUAUCACGUACUAAAAAUAAAAACGCAAAAGCUAAAUUUAGCCCUUAACUAGAGCUAGCAGGCUAUCAAAUCCACAAAAAACUCAUUUGUCCUGAACAUUUCGCCGGUAAUAUAAAACGACGACUUUCCAACAAGAUGGUCUAUGUAAAAGAGAUAAUAGUUUUAGGGCAGCUGCGGUUUCGUUGAAAUUCAUAGCAGCUUUCCCGAAAGCUUCACGGGAUCUCAGUCAUUUAUCUAAAGCGAAUUUUCUUUUCAACCUAAAUAAUUAGUAAAAAGAAUAGUGUCCUUAUUUUUGACCCAAACAAUUUUUAAAAAAUUACAUAAACAGACCACAAUCUUACUGUCCCCUGUGUCCCCUGUGUCGCUUCUGUCCCCUGUGUCCCCUUUUCCCCUUGUGUCCGCUGUGUCCAUCUGUGUCCCCCUGGGCCCCCUGUGUCCCCUUGUGUCUCCUGUGUCCCCUGGCGUCCCCUUAGUCCUCUGUGUCCCCUAUGUUCCCUUGUUUCCCCUGUGUCCUCUUGUGUCUGCUGUGUCCCCCUGUGUCCCCUCGUGUCUCCUGUGUCCCCUUGUGCCCCCUUUGUCCUUUGUGUCCCCUCGUGUCCCCUUGUGUCGCCUUGUGUCUCUUAUGUCCCCUGUGUCCCCAGUGUCCCCUGUGUCCCUCGUGUCCCCUGUGACCCCUUGUGUCCCUUGUGUCCACUGUGUCCCCCAGUGUCUCCUGUGUUCCCUUGCGUCCCCUGUGUCCCCUGUGUCCCGUGUCCCCUGUGACUCCUUGUGCCCCCUUGUGUCUCUUGCAUCCCCUGUAUCUCCUGUGUCCCCUUCUGUCUCUUGUGUCCUGUGUCCCCUUGUGUCUCCUGUGUUCCCUUGUAUCUCGUGUGUCCCCUGUGUCCCCUUUGUCCUCUGUGUCCCCUACGUCCCCUUGUGUUCCCUUGUCUCCCCUGUGUCCCCUUGUGUCCCUUGCGUCCCCUUGUGUCCCCUGUGUCGCCUUGUGUCCCUUAUGUCCCCUGUGUCCCCUGUGUCUCCUUGCAUCCCAUGUGUCCCCUUGUUUCCCUCAUGUCCCCUGUGACCCCUUGUGUCCCCUGUGUCCCCCUGUGUCCCGUGUCCCCUGUGACUCCUUGUGUCCCCUUUUGUCUCUUGCAUCCCCUGUAUCCCCUGUUUUCCCUGUGUCCCCUCGUGUCCCCUGUGUCCCCUGUGUCCCUUUGUGUCCCUUGUUUCCCCUGUGUCCACUUGUGUCCCCUCAUGUCUCUUGUGUCCCCUUGUGUCUCCUGUAUCCCUUGUAUCCCCUGUGUCUCCUCUAUGCCCUGUGUCCCCCUGUUUCUCCUGUGUCCCCUUGUGUCUCCUGUGUCCCUCUUUGUCCCCUUGUGUCCCCUCUGUAUCCUGUGUCCCCUUGUGUCCCUUGUGUCCCCCAUGUCUCCUAGCUUGUGUCCCCUAUGUCCCCUGUGUUCCCUUGCCUACCCUGGUUCCCCUUGUGUCCCCUGUGUCCCCUGUCACCCGUCAUGUCCCCUGUCACCCGUCGUGUCCCCUGUGUCCCCUUGUGUCCCCUGUGUCCCCUUGUCUCUCCUGUGUCCCCUUGUGUCCCCUGUGUCCCCUUGUGUUCACCUGUGUCCCCUGUGUCCACUUGUGUGCCCUCGUGUGUCCCUUGUGUCCCCUGUGUUCCCUUUUGUUCCCAGUGUCCCCUUGUGUCCUUCUGUGUCCACUUGUGUCUCAUGUGUCCCUUUGUGUCCCCUUGUCCCUGCCUUCAGGCGUCUUCUUGUUUAAGGAAAUAAUAGACAACAAUUUUCCAUUGUCCACAUUUCUUGCGCGCUUUCUUGUGGGGCUUUUUCCCAUUUUCAAGGAAAAAAAGCCCUGGGAACGAAGUUGAUGUCUUAACUUUGCAAAGUGAAAACAUUAUUACCCACUAGGCAUAUAGGAUUGAACUCAGCAAAGCAAUUUUCCGCUUUUAAUCAAAUUUCGCAUUAUUUGUAUCAGCUCACAGGAAAGAUAGAAAACCUGAAGAUAGGAAUCUUAAAAGAAGGGUUUGAUUUGGAAAUCUCCGAACCUGAUGUUGACAAGAUGGUGAAGGAAGCCGCUGGACAGCUGAGCAGUAAAUGCGGCACAGUCGUCGAGGAAGUUUCAAUCCCUAUGCAUUCAGAUGGUAAGCUAUUUGCUUCAAUACUCAGUCAGACGUGCUACGUAGCAGAAUCCAGUUACUUUCGAUAAUCAUUUUUGAAAGAUUGUCAAAGUGAACCCCGAUCCAAUGCAGAGAAAAAUGAACUGAGAGAAACGUCACACUAUUUUUCUUCGUGCAGUCAUACUAAGCACCGUGAAAUGUCUGUUGACGUAAAAUAAGCUCUUGUUUAAUUCUUUAAAAGUUAAGGCGUGCAGCUUAGUGACUCGCUACUGGGUAGAUAACGCAAAUCAAGGCUGAGUAAGAUUUUUUUUGAGCCUUUCUAUGUGUUUUGAAAAAAGCCGCUUUAGUUCCAUUGUUAAUAGAAAAAUUCCGACGGAUCAUGAACGUGGAAACUGAAUUGAGCAACACUGUAAACAAGAUUCUUGGGCCUGUUUACAUGGAGGUGGGGGACCCCAGACCCCUUUUAAAGGAUACUUUACAAAAAUUGAACACAACAUUAACACUAGAAACAAUGGGUGUUCACUAAAACUUCCCAAAGCCAAAUUAGAAUUUGGACGGAGAAGUUUUGCGUUUCAAGGGGCUCUAGUUUACAAUACUUUACCUCGGCAUUUAAGAAAUUUAAAUUCUAGGUUUCUUUUUAAGAGUACUUUAAAAGAGUUUUUUCAAUAGUAUUCCCUAAUUCACAACUCUUUUCAGUCUUGUAAGUCGAUUUUUACAGAUUUUGAUUUUUAAAUCUUAGAUUUCUUAGUGUUAUUUUAUUUUAUUUUCCUUUUUCGAUUUUCUUCUUUAUUUUUUAGCUAUUUAUGAGAUAAUUACAGGACCCUUUUGAUAACAGUUCUUUUUAUCAGAACUGAUAGGUUAUCCUGUAUAAAUAUUCGCGUUAUUAUUAUUAUUAUUAUUAUUAUUAUUAUGUAAAAUUUAGCACAGGGAUUUUCCCUGGGGAGAAAUAUCCAGUCAAGUCUCAUCCCGAGACCUCAGACUUCCAGCACUUUUCUGAGGAUACGUGCCGAUCCGAGGAGUGCCGACUUUUGCAUCGUUCUUGUUCGGUUCUUAAUUCCUAGUUGCUCCAAGUGGCCUGCCAGCUUCUUUGACACUGAACCCAAUGCACCUACAACCACUGGCACCACUUUUGUCCUUGAUUUCCAGAUCCUUUGAAUCUCUCUUGCCAGGUCUUGCUUGGUACUUUUCACACUUUUCAGUUUCUUUCUGCAGUAUAUUACUAUCCCCGGGAACAGCUAUGUCCACAAUGAUUGUUUCCUUUGCCUUCUUUUUCUGAAUUUCAAUGUCUGGCCUCCUGUGAUGGAUUUCACGGUCUGUUUGGAUGGUAAAGUCCCACAACAGUUUAACCUCCUCAUUCUCUUCUACGCUUUUGGGGGAAUGCUCAUACCAUUUGUCACUGCACUCAACUCCAUAUUCCUCGCACACCUCCCAAUGAAUGACCCGCCCAACAACAUCAUGCCUCUUUUUAUAUUCUGUGGGCAACUACACAAAAUAUGCUGCACAGUUUCAUCGUGGCUACCACACAUUCUGCAUUUGGAUGAUACAAAUUCUACAACCUGGAGUUCCUCUCUUAUCCUUCGCUUUACAAUUUUCUUCAAAGCUGGUACUUUGCCUUGGUCCUGACUCAGUCUGAUUUCAUUCAGUCUUUUCCAAAUUACCAGUUGGUCUUCAGACAAUUGCCGAGGUGCUUCAUCACACCCUUCACUCUGUACCUGGGCUUCUUGCGCCGUCUGUGGGUCCAUCUCCUUUACAUUCUCGGCAGGUAAUUCAUGCUCGUUACCAUCGUUAGCUUCCUCUACAAGAACUGUCCCAUUUUGUUCAUCACAGUUUCCAUGCUUGUUCCUCUUGAUCUCUUCUAGCUCCACAGCUGUGAACCAUUUACUUUUCAAGAUAGUACGGGCCCUGGUCUGCAAGCCUCUGUUUAGUCACUUUUACCAUUCCUUUCUCAUCCCACAACCUAAGCAUUCUCUGGCGAUACCCUUUUUUCUCCGGAUGCUCUUAAAAUAGCAUUCCGUCAAAACCCUAUUCUCCUCGAUUGACCAUUUCCUUCUUCCCUUUCUCGAACCACUCUCUCUAGCAGGAUAACGACCGGGUGCUGGCUGCUGUCCCCCAGCAACCCUGCCGGGCGAGGCACCUUCGUCAAAGACUCCAGUCCCAUUCACGCCGUUACUCAUAUCCGCAAAAGACAUAUUUAUCAUCCCAUAGGUGAGAGAUUAUUAUUCGUGGUGCCACCACUAGAUAGAAUACCGACCAAGGUUUUAUUAUUAUUAUUAUUAUUAUUAUUAUUAUUAUUAUUAUUAUUAUUAUUAUUAUUAUUAUUAUUAUUAUUAUUAUUAUUAUUAUUAUUAUUAUUAUUAUAGGUGAGGUAACGUGUGGAGGGUCACCCUACCUAUCAUGUAAACCUGAUCAAAUUUAGAGAGAUUAUAUGGACAGGCGGGUACCCCGCCUUAGCGGGUUACCUCACGUACCUUGGGUCCCCCACCUCCAUGUAAACAAGCCCUUAGCCUGUGUUCACCUUAUACUGGAUAGCUCUUUCGCCAUCAUGUAAUAUAAUCUUCGGUCUCAUCCAUUUUUUAUACCACAGCUGGUCAUAUUAUAACUGCUAUUUAUCAGCUUGGAAGUCAUCGAAUGGUGUUCGAAGGGGGUGGUAAGUAUUCCCCGCUAUCUAAACUCACAGGCUGGUAGUAGUUUUUCUAUGGGCGUUAAGAAGAGGUCAAUCGAGAUUCAGCUAAGAAGGAAAAUUUGUGGUGGACAAGCAUCUGCAUGUACUGUAAAUCCUCUAUUAAGCCACCCAAGGGGCUUGUUUAUUUCAAGGCCAUUUUAGAGGGGCUUAAUAGAGACUUUAUUUAGAAAAGACGAUGGUAUCAGUUCUUCAUAAAGAACUAGAAAACAAAGUCGGGAAAAGCUCAAGUACAAGAAGGUUGGAGGUCAUGCAGCCGAGGAUCAGAAUCAGAUCCGAACAAAACCACCCCGGAUUAGCCCACACGAAGUUUUACAUUCGUGAUUGAUUAUUACAGUCUAUCAUUUAUUAGUGAAGAAUAAUUAGGGGAUUGAAGGGGGGCUUAAUAGAGAGGGAGGCUUAUUAGAGGGGGGAGGGCUUAAUAGAGGAUUUACGGUAUUUAAAACGGGGAACAGGGAGUGGCGAGUGGCGAGUGGGGAACGGAGAGGAGGGAACAGGGAACGGCAAAGACACGGGGAACGGGAAAAUGAAAAAAUGGGAACAAGACAAUUUAAACUUGGCCUACCUCGAUCUGUAAUUACAUUACCCAUUCUCUUGUUGAAAACGUUUUGCAAUAAAGAUUGUACUGCAUCAUAUUACAUUGCAUUACUUUGCAUUAGUAAUUGCUUUACAUUGCACUGUAUAGUAUUGUAAUCUUGGUGCACUCGGUACAGCAAAAAGUACAGUCAUGUUAGCCGCCUUAUAACCUGUUAAGGAAACGACGGUAGAUGUGUUAAAUUCACCUUUGAAACUGCAGAGAUGUGUGUACUGAUUUUUACAUUACAUACCCUCCCUGAAAGGUUUCGGAUCAUCUGGCAAGAUGUACUAUGACACAACCCUUCAAGAGGCUUUUUUGCGAGGCUUGAAAUGCCACUCCAAUGACUUGCCAGCAACCUGCAAAGAGUCCAGACUGAUUGCAAAGUAUUUGCACGAUGAAUACAACAGCGUUUUCUAUGGAAAAGCGCAGAACCUGGGGCGAGUUCUUUGUAGAGCUUAUGACGAAGCACUCGAGAAGUAUGACGUGUUGAUUUUACCAACUAGUCCAAUUAAGGCACCAGUCUUCCCGCAACAGAAUGUUUCUCUGAAAGGUAUGUUAAGAGUAUGUACCUUGCGCAAUUGUUAAUUAGUUUUAAGCAAACGAAAGUUCUGAACUCUUUUUGUUUAUAAAACAACAAAAAGGAAGUGUUAUGGAGCUAUUGUGGUAGAAGAAGGUAGUUCCUACCUAGGGGAGGCUAGGGGCGAGAGUGAUGUUUCAUUUUGUUACUGUGGAGAAUUUAAGAUACUUCGACAGCGACGACAACGAAAACGUCAAAAAAGCAAUAGGUGGAAUUGGCAAAACAACAACUCUACACGUGCAUCACGCUUUUUUGCCCAUUUCUUUGCCUUCACUGCACGACUAUGACUAUUUCACGUUUUAUCGAGGACCUAAACGAGCGACGGCUAAAUAUUCUUUCUCUUUCUGAACUUGAAUAUGAUUCUUAGGAAUUCGGCUCAGAAAGAGUUCGCUUACAUUUGGCAAUGUAAAUGAGUUGGAGUAAUCGGUAUAGAGAUUGAAAGAACGCAAAUUCACUUUUUAAGCGACGUUUUCGUGGCCGUCGCGGUCGUAAACUCCCUACUGACAAGCAAUGUUAACAUUGUUCAGAAUUGAAGAAAGUAUUGAAGCCCUCGUCCCCCUCGUCCCACAUCAAAAAACUCUCGCACCAUCCAUCUAUAAAAAUUUAAUUGAAAGCCACUGAGCAGUACUUUCUUGUGUACUGUUUAUUGUGCUUCACAAGGUGGUUAUAACUUUGGACUCUGUGGAUGAAAUCCUUAAGUGUGACCAUUUAAAUAAAAGCUACUGAGCAGUACUUUCCUGUGGUACUGUUUAUUAUGCUGUACAAGGUGGUUCUAAUUUUUGAGCUUGUGGAUAAAAUCCUAAAGUGUGACCAUUCAUAUGAAAGCUGUUGAGCAGUACUCUUCUGUGGUACUGUUUAUCAUGAUAUGCAGUGUGGCUCUAACUUUUCUUUGAGUCUGGUAACGGUAGUCCUAAAGUAAUAUCAUUCUUAUGAAAGUUACUGAGCAGUACUUGAAUCUGUUCAAUAUGCAGUGCAAGGUGGCUCAAACUUUAGAGCGUUUUCAAUACAUCCAGGUCAGUGACUACUCAAAGGAAAGCCUGCGCUAACCAGCGGCUUCCCAUGUCACUGUUUUUCGCUCUGUAUAAGGGGAUAUUAAGUUUCUAGUUGGAUAAAAUCCAUGAGGACGUCCAUGGAAGAAAUUCGAGCAGAUUAAUCAAUUAGAAUUAAUUGAUUGUUUUACAGGGUAUUUGCAAAAGGCGUAUGUCAACAGUAAAAACACUGCCGCAUUCAACGUGACAGGUCAUCCAGCUCUUUCAAUCAACGCAGGCUUCAGUGAAGGAUUGCCAGUUGGAAUGAUGAUCGUGGGAAGAAAGUUUGAUGAAGCC